CAAAAACCCAACUUGAAAAAAGCUAUACUAUACUAACUCCAAUCGGGAUAAGAUCAGAUCGAAAUGUUAACUCAUUUAGAGUGGAUGUUAUGAGAAUGAAUAGAACAUUCUCACCAAAAACACAAACAACACACUUUCUAUAAUCUUCAAAUCAUCUUCCCACCACCUGUAACAUCCCAAGUCCCAACACAUCCCAGGAAACCCGAAAAAAAAAAAACAUCCCUCUCUUCUCCUUUCAAUAUCAAACAUUAAAAAAAGAUUGCCUUUUUAAUACCACAAAAUCAUUAUAAUUAACCCACACACUUUUUAAGUUUGAUACACUUGCUUAAAUCCUUAAACUAUCAAUAACCCUGAUCCAGUUUCCAUCGACGCUCCAGUAAGAGCUUCAUUUACCCCUCAUCCCCCCUAAAAUUCAUACAUUCAGAUCCACAAAUCAUCACAAAAAACAAAAAAAAAAAAGAAAAAAAAACCAUUUCAAAGAAAAAACUAUGUCAUUGAAAAAAGAAUCAAUCUUUGUAGGAUCAUUGAUCAUAUUAUGGUAUUCAUCAAAUAUUGGGGUUUUAUUAUUGAACAAACUUUUACUCUCAAAUUAUGGAUUUGGGUUCCCAAUUUUCCUUACAAUGUGUCAUAUGUCAGCUUGUGCAUUUCUUAGUUAUAUUUCAAUUGUUUUUCUCAAGAUUGUGCCUUUACAAAGGGUUAAAUCAAGGUCACAAUUCCUAAAGAUUGCAACUUUAAGCAUUGUUUUUUGUGGGUCUGUUGUGGGUGGUAAUAUUUCUUUGAGAUAUCUUCCUGUUUCUUUCAAUCAAGCUGUGGGUGCAACGACACCGUUUUUCACUGCAUUGUUUGCAUAUUUGAUGACCUUCAAAAGGGAAGCUUGGGUUACUUAUGCUUGUCUUGUGCCUGUUGUAGGAGGUGUUAUCAUUGCCAGUGGGGGGGAGCCGAGUUUUCAUUUGUAUGGAUUUAUUAUGUGCAUUAGCGCGACUGCAGCAAGGGCGUUCAAAUCUGUUCUCCAGGGCAUCUUACUUUCUAAUGAAGGGGAAAAGUUAAACUCAAUGAACUUGAUGCUAUAUAUGGCCCCAAUUGCAGUUGUCGCCUUAGUUCCUGCUGUAUUUAUAAUGGAGCCUAAUGUACUAGAAGUCUUUGUUUCUCUCGGGAUCGAGCAUAAAUUCAUGUGGAUACUUCUUAUAUUGAACUCAAUAAUGGCCUAUUCAGCCAAUUUAUCAAACUUCUUGGUGACCAAAUAUACUAGUGCUCUUACUCUCCAGGUAUUGGGCAAUGCAAAGGGCGCUGUAGCUGUUGUUAUCUCGAUACUUAUUUUCCGAAACCCUGUUACCGUGAUUGGUAUUGGUGGUUAUUCAAUGACUGUUCUCGGAGUAGUUGCUUAUGGAGAGGCGAAGCGGAGAUACAAGUAGUAGAUUCUUUCAUUCAAUUUGUGUUCUCCUUUACAAACGAUCAAUUUUUGUUUUCGUUUUCUAGAAAGAACGGAUUAGCUAGGCGUUUGUAGGUAAGUAUACUAGUAUUGCAUUCUCUCCCCUUAAUGUACCUUACCCGCAUUUCUUUGUUACAGUGGAUCGGCAUAUCUUUGUCACAAUGGAUCGCUUAUGUCGAUAGAGGUAUCAGAUAUAUAUAGAGAUGGAAAGAAUUCAAAACAGAUGAUUCAAUGAUCUUGUGUAGUUUAUUUGUUGAUUGGAAGGAUUAGAUUUGGAAAUUAUUGAAGAGGUUAUAGGGUUUUUAUUGCUAUAUGUAUUCAUGUGCAUUUGAUGUGUUUAUUGUUUGCUCUUCUUUUCAAUAAAAGUGGGUGAAGUUAUGUCCAUCUAGCAAGAAGGAUCAAAUGGGAGUUCAAGUAGUAAAGUGUUACGUCUGGACCAAAAGGUUAUGAGUUCGAGUUCCAACAAACCUGUCAUACAUAGACGAGUGUUAAGAUUCUUUAUGAUGCUCUUUCUUUCCCUUAAACUUUUGCGCAAAAUGGAUUUGGUUAAAUAAAGUAUCUUUGUUGAUAUAAAGGUUACUAGGAUUGAGAUUUUGCUUCAAAUUGAUUAGAUUGUAGGAUCAAAUGAAUCAGUAAGAUUGUAAGAUCUUACAAAUAAGUUUUUAACUUAAUUUUCAAGUAAUAAACGAAAAAAAU